CUUGGACAUGGAAAUAUCCCCGCAUAUUGGACCUUGAUGAUCUAGACGUUUAUUGGUGCGCGGCGUUGGAUUAACUCGGUCAGUCGGCACAGGUGGGUAUUCUGGCUAUGGAGCCCCUCGAGUGGAAUCCCUUGAGUAUAUAGUGCAUUGACACCCUGUUUCUGAAUCUCUCCUUCGAUCAUCCAUCUUCCACAAUGUCGAAUCUUGCGAACCUCGCGCUUGAUGGCGGAGACCCGCGCAUGGGCGAGAAGAACAACCCAAACCAAUACGCUCUCGAUCAUGGCCAUGAAACGGGUCUGAGGGAUGGCUUCACGAUCGAGGCUGCUCAAGUGCACAACGACUCAAGCAUUCUUUUCGAGGAGUAUCUUCACUACGCCGAAAUUACUCGCGCUGAAGAGCGUGCAUAUGAGGGAGCCAACGUCAAGCGCAAGGAACCAUUUUCUCUUGGCGGGGUUAUCAAGAAUCGAUUCUCGAAAGGCCACCAGCAUGAAAUUAACGCUGCAGUGGAUGGAAACCAGAUCGUAACAACUCACAAUGAUUGGUCUACUGUGACUGAUCUAGAAUGGAGACAAGCCUCGCGUGCUACCAGAACUGCAGGCUGGGGCUCUAUCUUUUUCUUGAUCACGACAGAUAUUCUUGGUCCUUCUGGCGCUCCAUGGGCUUUCUCCAACACCGGAUAUGGGCCUGGUGUUGCUCUCUACACUGCUUUUGGUCUCAUGGCUUCGGUCUCUGGAUGGUAUGUCUGGGGUGUUUACAUGCACACGGACUCUGAUCGUCACCCCCUCCGCGAUUUUGGCCAAGCAUUUUUCCGUGUCUUUGGCCCAGCUAUGCGACAUCUGAUCAAUGUUCUACAGUCACUUCAAAUGAUUAUGCUGGUAGCCGUACUCAUCCUCAGUGAAGGAGGCAAAGUCUCCCAAGUUUCUAUUGGCAAAAACGGAGAACACGGCAACGGACUUUGCUUCGUUAUUUGCCUUCUCAUCAUCGCUCUUCUUGGAAUGGUACUCGGACAAAUCCGCACUCUUCAGCGUUUUGGAUGGCUCGCCAACUUCUCUGUCUUGACAACCGUCCUUGUUUCAUUCAUCGCUAUCGGUGUUGCUGCCAACUCCGAACCCAAUUAUGCGGCUAUGUUCAGUUCUUUUGGUGCUACCGUAGAUGUCCCUUUCGGUGAAGUUAACUUCCCGAACGGCACAGUAGAGAGCCACAUCCCAAUCAGGAAGUUUGCGGGAACACCUCCUUAUGGAUACGCGUCUGGUGGGGUAGGUUUCCUUGGCUCUUUCCAGGGUAUCAAUAGUAUCAUCUACGCCUAUGGUGGGGCCAUGCUCUUCUUCAAUCUCCUUGCUGAGAUGCGCAACCCAUGGGAUUUCUGGAAGGGAAUGCUUGUUGCAGAUAUUUUCAUCUAUCUCGUUUACAUGUUCUUUGGUAUCUUUCAAUACUCUUACCAAGGCCAAUACACAUUCAGCUCCGCCAUUCAGAGUACCACUCCUUUCAACUACCGGACUGCUGGCAAUAUUUUAGCCAUCAUUGGUGGAUUGAUUGCUGCUGCCUUGUAUGGUAACAUUGGCAUCAAAGUCAUCUACAACAACGUGCUCAUUGAGCUUCUCCACUUCCCUCCCCUAACAUCUAAGCGUGGCAAGAUUAUGUGGGUCUUCGUAGUGCCAGUAUACUGGGCCAUCGCCUAUGUCAUUGCCACAGCAGUCCCGAACAUUGGAGACAUCUCCAGUUUAGUUGGAGCCUUCUGUAUUGGCAACUUCACCUACACCUUCCCCGCACUGCUUAAACUAGGUUUCGACAUCAAGAAGAACGCCAUGCUUCCCGAAGAACAUUUUGACCCUGUCACGAAGAAGUACACCCGUCUGGAUAACGGUAUGAAGAGAUGGUGGAGAGGGUACAUGAAGACUUUCUGGAUAUCCUCGUUCAACAUCUUCUACCUCUUGGGUUCACUGGUAGUGUGCGGUCUUGGUUGCUACGCUGCUAUCGAGGCGCUGAUUAGUGCAUUCGGCUCCGGAGGUACCACUGCAACCCAUUUCAGUUGUACAUCUCCAUUUGCCUGAUAGGCUUGCAGAGACUGGUGUAACAGUACAGUGAGGCGAUAAAGCGUAGUUGUAAGAGAAGGGGUCUCGUGGUGGUCUGUACACUGUCAUCUCAAGAUAA